UAUCUUUUGUUGAGAAAAACCCAAAUUCUUUCUUCUCUAGGUCGUGCACUUCUUCACCCGCCGCAACAUCCUGUCCACCACCCUCUGCCGCUCAAAACCAAACCCAACAAUGGCGAAAUCAUCAAAACGCAGCAUCGCCAACGGAACCAACACCUCCAACAAGAGCACCAGCAAGAAGAAGAAAAACAACAAGAUGGGUCCCGAAGCAGUAGCCAUGAAAGCAAAAGCUCAAAAAACGAACACCAAUCCAUUCGAGUCAAUCUGGUCACGUAGGAAAUUCGAAGUAAUGGGUCAGAAGCGUAAAGGAGAUACCAAACGAAUGGGGUUGGCUCGUUCUCUUGCUGUUGAGAAGAGGAAGAAGACGUUGCUUAAGGAGUAUGAGCAGAGUACUAAAUCGUCGGAGUUUAUUGAUAGACGAAUCGGUGAGAAUGAUGAAGGGCUUGAUGAUUUUGGUAAAGCUAUUUUGAGAUCGCAGCGGGAACGUCAGUUGAAUGUGAAAUCGAGUAAGAAAAGCAAGUAUCACUUGUCAGAAGAAGAUGAUGACGAGUUUGAAGGAAUUGAUGGUCUUGGAAGGGAUGACUUUGAAGAUGAGAUGCUUGGGGAAGAUGAUGAUGAAACUGAUGAUUUGGGUCGGCGUCAUAAUGCUCAUGGUAUGCAGAGUCCAGGGGAAGCUGCUGACAAUGGGGAAAAUAGACAUAAAACCAAGAAGGAAGUGAUGAACGAAGUUAUUGCAAAAAGCAAGUUUUACAAGGCUGAAAAAGCAAAAGAAAAGGAAAAAGAUGAAGACCUGCUGGAAGAAUUAGAUAAGGACUUCACUUCUCUGGCUCAUUCCGAGGCCUUGUUGGCUCUGACUGAACCACACAAGAUGAAAGCUUUGAAGGCUCUGGUGAACAGUAGUAUUUCAAAUGAAAAAAGUGAUAAAGAUAGCUUGUCUGCUAAACGGACAAUGAAUAAUUCUGUUCAGGAAAAGCCUGAUGAUUAUGACCAACUUGUCAGACAAAUGGGAUUUGAAAUGCGUGCUCGCCCUUCAGAUAGGCUGAAGACUAAGGAAGAGAUUGAUCAGGAGGAAAGAGAACAUCUAGAGGAGUUGGAGAAAAAACGGCAGAAGAGAAUGACCGCUGCUGAAGAUUCGAGUGAGGAAGACAAUGAAGAAUCAGAAAAGCCAUCAAAAGAGAAACCAAGAUCUCUCUCUGGUGAUGACCUUGGUGAUUCCUUCUCUGUCGAUGAAGAAACUAUGACUAAAAAGGGUUGGGUUGAUGAGAUUCUUGAGAGAAGAGACGAGGAGGAGGGUUCUUCUAGUGAAGAUGAUGAUGGUGAAGAUGAUGAUGAUUUGGAAAGGUCUGAAGAUUCUGAUGAAGAAUCAGAGGAUGAUCUUGAUGAAAACGAUAAGAAUACUACUUUGAAAGAUUGGGAACAGAGUGAUGAUGAUGAUAUCAGUGCAGGUUCAGAAGAUGAAGAUGAUAUCAGUGUUGGUUCAGAAGACGAAGAUGAGGACGAAGAAAGAGCUGCGGAAGAAGUUGAUAAGGUAAAAGGAUUGAAUGUUGGUAUUCAUAAAAAAGCAAAGAGAAAUGAUUCUGUUGAAAGUGUAAAGGGAAAUAAUGGUUCUUUAGAUACCAAGAAGAUAGUCGUUGGAGGGAAAAUGUCGAAAGAGUUAGAGAUUCCUUAUAUAAUUGAAGCUCCGAAGACCUUUGAAGAAUUAUGUUCACUAGUGGAUAAACGUUCAAAUUCUGACACUAUCUUAAUCAUCAAUCGGAUUCGGAAAAGCAAUCCAAUCACACUUGCUGCAGAAAAUCGAAAGAAAGUACAAGUAUUUUAUGGAGUAUUAUUGCAGUACUUUGCUGUUUUGGCAAAUAAGAAACCAUUGAACGUUGAAUUGAUUAACAUGCUGGUGAAACCAUUGAUAGAGAUGAGUACGGAAAUCCCAUACUUCGCUGCAAUAUGUGCUCGUCGCAGAAUAGAAAUCACUAGAAAGCAAUUUGUUGAGAGUAUAAAAAACGCAGAAAGUAGCAGUUGGCCUUCUUCAAAGACGAUGUGUCUCUUGCGAUUGUGGUCCAUGGUAUUUCCAUGUUCUGAUUUUAGACAUCCAGUUAUGACUCCUGUGAUACUAUUGAUGUGCGAAUAUCUGAUGCGUUGCCCAAUAACAUCUGGCCGUGAUAUUGCCGUUGGUUCUUUCUUAUGUUCUAUGCUUCUCUCUGUAUUUAAAGAGUCACGAAAGUUCUGUCCUGAACCAAUAGUAUUUAUUCAAACUUUGCUGCUAGCAACCACUGAAAGUAAACAUAUAUCAUGCGAAAAUUCUCAGUUAUAUCAUCUUAUGGAACUGAAAGAUCUCAAGCCACUAUUGCGCAUUAAUGAGGAAGUAGACAAGAUUAGCGCUUUGAAUUUCUUUAAGUUAAUAGACAUGCCUGAAGACUCUCCAUUCUUCACUACGGACAGUUUCAGGGCAAGUGUAUUAGUUACCGCUGUCGAAACCCUACAAGGAUAUAUCAAUGCCUAUGAUAACUUGAGUUCGUUUCCAGAAAUAUUUUUACCAAUUUUGAGAUUACUACUUGAGAUAGCCGAACAGAAAAAUAUGCCAAAUGCAUUACGGGAUAAAAUUAAAGAUGUGGCUGAGCUGAUUAAGUUGAAAGUGGAUGAACUUCAUACUUUGAGGCGACCACUUCAAAUGCGGAAACAAAAGCCAGUUCCAAUCAAAUUACUGAAUCCUAAGUUUGAGGAAAACUACGUUAAGGGUAGAGAUUAUGAUCCAGACCGUGUGCGAGCUGAAAGAAAAAAAUUGAAGAGAGAGGUAAGGCGUGAAGCUAAAGGGGCUGCUCGUGAAAUACGUAAAGACAACUACUUCUUGCUUGAUGUGAAGGAAAAAGAAAGGUCUUUAAUGGAGAAAGCAAGAGCUGAGAAGUAUGGAAGGACUAAAGCUUUCCUUCAAGAGCAAGAACAUGCUUUCAAAUCUGGACAACUAGGAAAAGGGAAGAAGAGAAGUAGAUAAAUUGAUAUGAAUUUAUGUUAAAAUUUGUCGGGGCUUUUCUUGCUAUUGUAAUAUUAAUCAAUUUUGUGCAAUCGUUUUUUGAAUACUAAUGUCGGUUAAAGAGACUAGGACAUAGGUUUUUCUAUCCCCACAUAUUAUUUUGAGUAAAACACAAAAUGGUCCAUGACUUUGUAAGUGACUAUCAAUUUAGUCCUUGAGAGAAAAAUGAACAUUUCAGUUUAGUUGUCGGCUAUGUAAAAUGUUUCUCAAAUUCAUCCAACUAUGAAUGUCUGUUUCUAAAUA